AUGCGAGCCAGCUCGAUCAAGCGCUCCCUUGGAGUCGACCUGACCACCAAGAUCAAGGAGUCGCGCGUCCUCCUGGUUGGCGCUGGCGGCAUCGGCUGCGAGCUUUUGAAAAACCUCGUCCUUACCGGCUUCGGCGAGGUCCACAUUAUCGAUCUCGAUACUAUUGAUCUCAGUAACUUGAAUCGACAGUUCCUUUUCCGACACGAACACAUCAAGAAGCCCAAAGCCCUGGUUGCGAAAGAAGUCGCGCAUAAUUUCCAACCUGGCGCAAAGUUGGAGGCUUAUCAUGCGAACAUUAUGGAUCGUCAAUUCAACGUGGGUUGGUUCCAGACGUUCAACAUCGUCUUCAACGCGCUAGACAACCUGGCUGCUCGGCGUCAUGUCAACCGAAUGUGUCUUGCAGCUGGUGUGCCAUUGAUUGAGAGUGGAACCACUGGCUUCAACGGACAAGUCCAGGUCAUUAAGCAGGUUCGCUCCGUCUACACCCCAGCGCUCUCUGAUGAAGCCCGUACUAAUGACAUCAGAGAGAAACCGAGUGUUACGACUGCAACCCCAAAGCCACACCAAAAUCAUUCCCUAUUUGCACCAUUCGGACCACGCCGUCACAGCCCAUCCAUUGCAUCGCAGCUAUUCGGUGUAAGUGAAGACGAGGAGGCCGAGCUUGACAUGACAGAGAACGCCGACAACGCCGAAGAAAUUGCGAACCUCAAGAAAGAGGCAGAUACUCUGAAAGAGAUUCGAGAUUCCAUGGGCUCAGAUGACUUUGCCAAAAAUGUGUUCAAGAAAGUUUUUGAAACUGAUAUGGAGCGACUGCGUGGUUUGGACGCCAUGUGGAAAGAACGUGAAGCGCCGAAAGUACUCGUUUUCGAUGAACUUCAAGAAAGUUCGGCCUCUAUAAAUCUUCCAAAUUCGAAUGCCGAUCAGCGCGAGUGGAGCAUGGAAGAGAAUCUUGUCAUGUUCAAGGACAGCCUGGAUCGCCUAAGCAAGCGUUUGAAGGAGCUCCAAUUGAAGAAAACACCAGACGACCCAGAGCCGAUCUUGACCUUCGAUAAAGAUGAUGAAGAUACCCUGGAUUUCGUCACGGCCACAGCGAAUCUCAGAGCCGAUGUCUUUCACAUAGGUCGCACAUCAAAAUUCGACACCAAGCAAAUGGCUGGCAAUAUUAUCCCUGCUAUUGCCACUACCAAUGCUAUGACCGCUAGUCUUUGUGUUCUUCAAUCCUUCAAGGUGCUUCAAAAUGAUCUUUCAAACGCUAAAAUAGUUUUCUUGGAGAGAUCUGGUCCACGUGCAAUCAAUUCGGAAGGACUCAGAGCCCCAAAUGCGACCUGUGGCGUAUGCUCCACUGUACGAGGGGCCCUCUCAGUUACCCCUAGUGCAACACUACAAGAUCUUGUGGAAGGCGUACUUGAACCACAGUUUGGCUAUAAUACGCAAGAGAUGUCUAUCAGCACGGACCAAGGUGUUGUCUAUGAUCCUGAUAUGGAGGACAAUCUCCCGAAGAAACUGUCCGAGCUGGGAAUUACGAAUGAUUCCUUCCUGACUGUCGUUGACCAAGAUGAUAUCAAUCAAGAUCCUCGCGUCAAUUUGGAGUUUUGGAUUGUUGAACAAACCGAGCCCACCGAAGGUUCGAAGCCAGUCAUGGUACAAACUCUCGAUAUUCCACGGAGGAAAAAGAAGCCUGUCACCCCCGAGCCAGAUGUUGCAAGUGUGACGAAUGGCGCAGCAGGGACCGGUAAGCGCAAGCGCGAGGGCGAAGAUGAGCUUCUGACCAACGGUCAUGUUGCCAAGAAAGUUGCUGGCGAGUCAGCAAAGAAUGGUGACGAAGAUGUCGUUGUCAUCGGCGAUGAUGAAGGUGCCAUUCUGAUCGAUGAUUAG